CCAAAUGGCAAACAUUUUGUCUGGCAACCAAUGUCGUAAUCCAGACGGCCGUAGAGGACCUUGGUGCUACACUUACAUCAAUGGGACCAACUGCAACAUCCGUUACUGCGAUGCUUGCAACUUUAAGAAGCCAGUGGAUGCUACGACAAGAUGUUCCACCCUUUUGGCCGCCAAUCCAAAUUUCUGUUCUGUUGGUGUACAGAGGUUCUCAUGUUUUGUUUCCUGCAACUUUACAGUACAGCCUACAACUCGUGCUGUCUGUGGUCCACCGACCAUCCCCACCGACGGGCAAGUGGUUGGGUCACUUAAAGCUUCAUACAAGGGAGGCGAGAAGGUCCAGGUGACGUGUGCUCUCAACAACAACAAUGGCCUGGCUAAUGACAUGUAUUGUACAGCCACAGGGUGGACAACUCUAUAUCAGGCUUGCCAAGCUACCUGUGUGGACAAGGUGGACACAUGUGAGAGUGUGAUGGCCAAAAGCCCAACCUUCUGUCUCAACCCUAACACGAUAGAUACAGCUAAAUCAUCUUGUUCCUUGUCAUGUGGAUUCUGUUCUUCUGUCGUCUCGACUUGCUCCACCCCCACCAGCACCACCUACACCAGGACGUCUGCUCUAGCUACCAUCAAGCCAGGUCAGGUCAUGACCUUCACCUGCAAUGCUGGCCAGUACUACGUGUCAGGAGAUCUCAGCAGGGCGUGUUCUAUCUCUGGGAACUUGCUGGGAACUGAACCUGUCUGUCAAUCAACACCCGUGGCAACUGAUGUCAACUUGAACUCAGUCAGAAGGAGAGUGGACUUCUUACCUCUUAAGACAGUGGUCAUUCUUGAUAAAGACGGCUACAGAAUCCCCUUCAACGGAAAUAUAACAACUUGGUAUUACUUCUGUCAAACGUCUGCAUCACUCACCUUUGUCGUGUACAGGAAAAGUGGAACUUCGUACACUCUAGUCGGCUACAACACAGUCACGUGUUACACCGACAUCAAGUGGGGCGUGGACAUAGCAGCGGCCAGUCAGAUCUCCGCCCAGAAGGACGACAUCAUUGGGGCGUUUGCAACCUUAAACAACACGCUCAGCGCCACCGAUUGUUCUGGUGCUAAGGAAGAGUUGAUGGUCCUGCCUAUCGCGACCAACGUUGGUGCAGCGACCGGCCUGUCCUCGGCCAUCUUCUCCAAAAAGUCUUGUUAUAUGAUGUCUUUGGGCUGUAGAAUCGCACCUGUUUAAUAUGUCAAGGCAUCUUAUUAUGGCUACAGAUUUAUCAUUGUACCACAAUGACGACCGCUAUCCUAAAUAUUGUUGAAAAAAGGAAUAAAAUACUUG